GUGUACUUUUUUCCUUGUGGAAAGACUUCCUGGUUCUAAAAAGCAUGAUCUUUUUCUGUGCAGUGAACAUUGAUUAGAGCAUCCUUUCGAAACCUCUCCCUUUACAUAAUGUUCAGGACAUCAUAAACAAGGUAAUAACAGUUCAUUCUAUAGCCCUGAUUUCAGUUGCCCCAUUGAGCUGAAGACCUCCGGUUUUCCACCACGACAGCUGAGUAACGCAGGUGCCUGGGAUCUGGGUCAGCAUCCGCAUCACCAGGUGCCUGGGAUCUGGGUCAGCAUCCGCAUCACCAGGUGCCUGGGAUCUGGGUCAGCAUCCGCAUCACCAGGGGCUCAGGGAGCCAAGUGCCCCGCAGGAGACAGGUGUACCCGAGCCAUCUGCCUUUGCUUUGAGACGGUGAUUUCUUGCUCUGGUUUUUGCAAGUCUGCUAUAUGGAGUGGCUCCCCCCAAAUCUCAGCCCUUCUGUACCCCCUGCUUCACCCAAUGCCUCCCUCCUUCCGGGUGGCAGGAGGCUCUGAGAACUUAGAAGAACCUACAAUUUAAGCUCUUGGUGGAGCUGGGACCCCAGGUGAAGGAUGUUCUCUGCAGUAGUGUGGAGUGUUUCUGGAUAGCUACUGCUAAUUUAUGAAGCACUUGGCUGUGCAUGCUACCCGCCCCCCCCCCCCCCGUUUUCUUCUCUUACUCGGGUGAAGUCACAUUUACUGGUCUCUGACACGUAGUGUUAUAUCACUUUAGGCUAUAAUAUCUCAUUUACCCAGCCUCCAAUUUUUAACCUUAAAAUAUUUUAAAACUAAUUAAAAUAUUUAAAUCAGUCCAGUUAUAUAAUGUUAAAAUUCUCAUUUGAAAAUACUUAAAUGUUGGUUGGCAUGAUAAGAAAUUUGUCAUUUAUCUAAGUAAAUUACUGGUAUUUCGUUUCUCUGGUCUCUAAUCUAAUGAUUUAAAUCUCUAGAUAGUAUCUUUACAGAGAGAGAAAACCAAAGAAGACUGAAGGAAAAGGACAUAGAGAGAAACUCAUUCUUCCUCUCAACAUGGUUUGCAUGAUAGGAUACUUACAAUUGAGGGUCAAGAUGAUUGCCAUAAAACAGCAAUUUCCAAUACAGUCCAAAUGUUUUACUUACAAUAUUUUAUUAAUAUUUUUACUUAGGUAAGAAGUAUGCUUUACUGUAUAUUCUGAGCCUAUUACAGGGAAAGUAGAGAAGCAUCCUCGACUUUCUCUUCCAAAACAUCUCCACUGUGUCUCCUUUACACGUACUAGACUCAGUUAUGUGCCUUUCCCCAUAUGGUUGAAACGGUCCCACGUCCAGGCCUCUGCUUAAGCUGUUCGCUGCUCCUGGACUGUCUUGCCCUCCCUCCAGAUGGGCCUGUAGGAGUCUUGAAGGCAGAGCUCAGGAAUCACUAUGUUUCAUCUGCCUGUGGAGCUGAAUAUCUGAUGUAGGAAAAUCAACACAAGCUUUGGAGCCAGGCCAUUGGGAAUGUAAAGUGUUGAUCGAAGGGAACCAGUGCAUUGCUUCCAUGGUUUCCAGUCAUCUGAGCCCAUGGACAAAACCAGCAACUAUUGGAUCCUUCAGCCCACAUGUGACAGAGUUUCCAAGAAAACGAAAAGGGAGUGAUUCAGACCCAUCCCAAGAAGCUCAUAGCCAAACCGAAAAGCGGAGGAGAGAUAAAAUGAACAACCUGAUUGAAAAACUGUCCGCGAUGAUCCCUCAGUGCAAUCCCGUGGCACGGAAACUGGACAAACUGACGGUUUUAAGAAUGGCUGUCGAACACUUGAGAUCUUUAAAAGGUAUGACAAGUUCUUAUGCAGGAAAUAAUUACAGACCUUCAUUCAUUCAGGAUAAUGAGCUCAGACACUUAAUUCUUAAGACUGCAGAAGGCUUCCUAUUUGUGGUUGGAUGCGAAAGAGGAAAAAUUCUCUUCAUUUCUAAAUCAGUCUCCAAAAUACUUAAUUAUGAUCAGGCUAGUUUGACUGGACAAAGCUUAUUUGACUUCUUACAUCCAAAAGAUGUUGCCGAAGUAAAGGAACAACUUUCCUCCUCUGACAUUUCACCAAGAGAGAAGCUAAUAGAUGCCGAAACUGGUUUGCAAGCUCACAGUAAUUUCCACACCAGAAGGAGUUGUGUGUAUUCUGGCUCAAGACGAUCCUUUUUCUGUCGAAUCAAGAGUUGUAAAAUCUCUGUUAAAGAAGAGCACGAAUGCUUAAUCAACUCAAAGAAGAAAGAUCAUAGAAAAUUCUGUACUAUCCACUGCACUGGUUACUUGAGAAACUGGCCUCCAAAUGUUGUUGGAAUGGAAGAAGAAAUGGACAAUAAGAAAGACAGUAGUAAUUUUACCUGCCUUGUUGCCAUUGGAAGAUUACAUCCAUAUAUUGUCCCACAGAACAGUGGAGAGAUUAAAGUGAAACCAACUGAAUUUAUUACCCGUUUUGCAGUGAAUGGACAAUUUGUCUAUGUUGAUCAAAGGGCAACAGCAAUUUUAGGAUAUCUGCCUCAGGAACUUUUGGGAACUUCUUGUUAUGAAUAUUUUCAUCAAGAUGACCAUAGUAAUUUGACUGACAAGCACAAAGCAGUUCUGCAGAGUAAAGAGAAAAUAUUUACAGAUUCAUACAAAUUCAGAGCAAAAGAUGGCUCUUUCGUAACUUUAAAAAGCCAGUGGUUUAGUUUCACAAAUCCUUGGACCAAAGAACUGGAAUAUAUUGUGUCUGUCAACACUUUAGUUUUGGGACAUAGUGAUACUGGAGAAACAUCAUUGCUUCCUUGCAGCUCUCAAUCAUCAGAAGGAUCCUCUAGACAGUCUUGCGUUAGUGUGCCUGGAAUGUCUACGGGAACGGUACUUGGUGCUGGUAGUAUUGGAACAGAUAUUGCAAGUGAACUUCUGGACUUACAAAGGUUACAGUCUUCUUCAUCCCUUGAUGAUUCAAGUCCAACAGAUUUAUUGAAAGAUACUCACACUAUAAACUGCAGGAAUAUGUCAGAUAAGGAGCUGACUACCCUAAGUCCUUCUGAAAUAGGGGAGCCACAGGCUACAAAGCAAAACCAAAGCGCUGCUACUCCCCAGAGUCACGAACCACUCCUUGGAGAAGGUGCCCAGCUGGAUUUUGAUGCCCUCUGUGACAAUGACGACACAGCCAUGGCUGCCUUCAUGAAUUACUUAGAAGCAGAGGGGGGACUGGGAGACCCUGGGGACUUCAGUGACAUCCACUGGACACUCUAGCGUUUGAUUUUUAACUCAACAUGAGAAACGUUUUGAAGCAUUCCACUUACAAAAGACUAUAUAUUCUUCUGUACUGUACUGAUACUGUUUUUAUCUUUUAUUCCUAUUCAUGGUUGACCAGUUUUUAUAGAUUUGCUCCUGACUUUCACAGGGGUAUAGGGAAAUGUGAUGUUUCCCUUCAAAUUCUCAAAAUUUUCUAUAGACCGCUUUAGUCAUUGACAUAGCUUAAAACCCACUAGUUGCUAUAUUUUUGCUAAAGUCUUUCUAACCAAGGAUACCACAUCUAUCUUGUUUUGGUUUUGUUUUUAUUUUUUGGUGCAGUUGUUUUGAGUUUGGGGAAUUCAAUGUGUUGACAUCUUCCUUGUAUCUGAGCUUCAUUUAUAAUUGAUUUAUAAUAGAAGAUUUGUGUAAUCUGGAACAUUUCCAUUCCUUGUGUAUUUCCUUAAUUGAGGAUAGGGCUUAUCCACUUUAAGAAAAUGGUGAGUACUUGAACAUUUAAAGGGACAGUGCAAUUUGUAGUGGUAAUCACAAUGAAUACUGUAUUCAGUCUUUGUAGACUUGGGCAAGCACAGAGCCACGAUAGUUAUGCUCAGUUGAGCACUUUGAGAUGGAUUUUAAGUGAGAUGAUUUCUUAUUUAAAACU